CCCUCGACGAGAAAAAAAGAAAAUACCUCCCAACCAAAUCUCAGAAAUCGGAAAAAAUGACCCUCACCCAUACUUUAAACGUUCUCGACGAAAUCGAGUCUCUCGUCUCCGAUCAGCUUCAAGUGGUAUCUUUCAAAUGGCUCAGUCGAAAUUUCUCUCUUUCAUCAAAUACUGCCAAGAGGUUGCUUAAGGAUUUUGUAGAGAAACAUGGCAAGGGUUUGGAAGUUGUAUAUAUUGUCUCCGGGUGCCUAAAGAACGGACCUUCCAAUUACUCCGCAAAGCUUGCUUCUAGUACCGAACUUCCAGAAGUGGAGAAAGAGUUCAAUGGAAAAUAUUCAGUACAUAUCUACAGUGUUCAAGCUAGUGUUCCAAUGGAUCCAGCAGCAAUAUGGAAUGCUGAGUUUGUACAAGCAGAAGACCUCUCUAGGCAGCCUUCUGCCACAGAUAAUUGCUUGAGAGGCAACAGGUUUUGUGGCAUCUCCAAUUCUUUUGUAAAGCGUAACAUAGAGGGAACCACUGGCAAUGUUACAGCCCCGCGAACUGAAAGUGUGAGAACGAACGCUGCUCCAGCUCAAAAGGGUACAGUUCUAUCAAACCAGGGAAAGAGAUUUCAGCACUCAAACGCUAAUGUUAGCCAUCAGGCAAAGAAUGAAAAUAACACUGCUCCAGCUCAAAAUCAGUCUGCGAAGUCCUCUUCGGAUAACGAAAGAUCUUUACUUGUACCCCCUAAUAAGAAGAAUGGGCUGGGCGAAAAGAGCGUAUCUGGAACUGGUGGUUUGUUGAAAAAUAUGUGGGGCCGUGUGCCUGUGAAAACGGAAGACGAGUCUGCCAAAGUAGAGGUCAAAAUCCAUAUUAAUGAUCAUUCGGUCCAAAAACCUUCUCAUGAUGCUGACAAUAAGGGAGGCAGCGAAGAUGAAAAUCAAGACGUCAAUUUCAAGAGAGCGCCUAAACAUGAAAACAGAAAAAGGAAGGUGAUAUUGGAUUUUUCAGAUGAAGAGUAUGAAGAUGCUGAUGUUAUCAGCUUAGCAUCUCCUAGCAGUCCAAAGGUUAAUUCACGUCCAGAUGGGAAAUUCAAUUCUGAAGAUUCAUGUCCAGAGAAGCCUGAUGCAGGUGUUUCUCAAGAGAUAACAUUUGAUGAACCAGAGAUCAGAGAAGAAGACAGGGAAAAAACUGCUGUUGAUGCAUCGACGACUUUGCCAAUGGAGAAGAUCCAGGCCAUUGGUUCUGAAGCUGAAGUUAAUCCCUCAAAGAGAAGAAUUAUUGAAGCUCCUAGUUCACCGAAAAGGAAAAAGAUGUUGAAGUCACGAAUUGACGAUCGUGGAAGAGAAGUAACUGAGGUAGUGUGGGAGGUGACAGACACUAAGGUGAAGAAGGAAGAGGACACUGAAACAAGUAAGAAGUUAAAUGAUGGCAAAAACGCAAAUGGUGUUAAUAGGGCGGUUGCACAGAAGAAGAGCCCGGCCAUUGGAAAUGCGGCUGCCACAAACGCAGGAGGAAAAGCAGGAAGCAAGAAAGGCGGAAACAUUAAAGAUCCAAAGCAAGGGAACAUAAUGUCAUUCUUCAAAAAAGUUUAAAAGCGUUGUGUUUUUGUUACUGCCUAGUUUCGAUUAAGGAUAUCAAAAUCAGAACUUGGUUUCAUCCGAUUGUAUGUUUAUAUGUUAUAACUCUUGAGCCGUUCGUCAAUGAAAAUAUUUGUCUCACUUGAGCUU